AUGGCAGCGGGAAGCAGGCCAACUGAGAGGGAUAUUGAAACUGGUCAAACGAUAGAAUACACAAGAUGGCAUAAAAUUGUGGAAAAGUUUCUCCAUCUGUUAUUUCCAUUUAUUAGAUUAUCAGAAGAACAUUUUUCCGAGCUUAGGUCUGACUUUCAAGAUGGCUAUAUUGAAUACCCUGGUGAUAAAUAUAACACGAUAAAGCCUACUUAUGUUCUCACAUAUGCUCUAUUUGUUUGGCUUCUACGCGGGAUGACGAUGAAACUUACCACGGAAAGUGAGGAGAUCAAUGUACAACCAAUCACAGACCUACCAUAUUGCUUGAUUGAAUUAGAUAUGGAGCAACUUACGCCUAAACAUCCACUUACGGAGGAUAUUUUAAAAGAUUUCGCCAAUCGUAACAUCCAGGGGACUUGCUUUCUCUUUCAUGUUACAAACGCGACUGUGACGAGAUUACGCAAGGAGAAUGACAAACUUUAUGAACAUUUCACACAUAGGAGGUACAACAAUUACGGUGAUCAUGAACAUAACAUGCCAAAACUACUCUUCAUGGCUCUCAAAGAGGAGUUAGCAGGUGUAAGGUAUUUAGUUGGUGAAGAGAUUAGUUACAAACCGCAUCAAGCGAGCGUGCAGGUGUUUAGUAUGGGAACAUUCACACUUAUGUAUUUUCGUUUCUGUCAGGGUGCUGCUCUGAUGACUUCGUUGGUAUUGACUGCUAUUGCCGGUAUAUUACCCGUAUGGGAUGAAAACAAGCAGAUUAAAAUAGCAAGCGUUGUUCUUGCAGGCUGCGGUGGUGCACUUGCAAUCAUACAAUUCAUUACCACGCGUUCCUUUGAGUUGACCUAUGGUAUAGACCCUAAGGCUGCAUUAGCAGAUAACCCAAUAUUCGUUAGAACCGAUUUGGGUGUCAUGCCUGGAGAGACUGUCAGAAGUUGGAAAGCCGAGCAAGUGAGGUUGUUAAAAUUCCUCGUUAUUCAUCAAGUAUAUACCGUAAAAGGACGCGCAUAUUGUGUAUUCAGAGCAUUAAAUGCUUCUGGACCAGUAAGUGCUAGUUGCAACUUGGGUGUCACGCCGUAUGCAUUGAUGAAUGCACUACCAACAUUUUUCAGCGAUAAAGGCAGUCGCAAGCUGGCCGCCCUUCCUGAUCCCUAUAGUGAGAGGUAUUGGGAAGCGGGUAAAUCGCACAUCCAUUCAAAUACGGUUAAUAGUGCCUCUGCGUCGCUAUACCACCAUUCACAAUUCAGAUUGAUUAGAUAG